AUGACGACCAUCAUGAGGCAUGCCCUUUGGAGACGGGCCUCAUUCGCAGGCUGCAGAGCCUCGAGACGGCAGCCGACGCCAAGGUGUCUUACCACGGCCGCCGCCACGCCGUCAGUGACACCCGAUCCUGCACCUCAUCCAGCCCUUCCCGCGAGUUCCACAUCAAAUCGACGUGACGCCCUUCGCGAUGCCAAACCCUUUUCCGACUUUCUCACGGACAACUUUCGUCGUCAGCACGACUAUCUGCGAAUUUCUGUCACAGAACGCUGCAACCUCCGCUGCGUCUACUGCAUGCCCGAGGAGGGCGUGCCACUCUCCCCGAGCCGCGACAUUCUGACGACGCCCGAGAUUGUCAUGCUCUCCUCCGUCUUUGUCAACCAGGGCGUCACCAAGAUCCGCCUCACCGGCGGCGAGCCCACCGUCCGCCGCGACAUUGUGCCCCUGAUGCGCCAGCUCGGCGCCCUGCGGCCCCACGGCCUCCAAGAGCUCUGCCUCACGACAAACGGCCUGUCGCUGCACCGCAAGCUCGACGCCAUGGUCGAGGCCGGCCUCACGGGCAUCAACCUGAGCCUCGACACGCUCGACCCCUGGCAGUUCCAGAUCAUGACGCGCCGCAACGGCUUCUCCGCCGUGCGCAAGACGAUCGACCGCGUCUUCGAGCUCAACCGCGCCGGCGCCGGCCUCAAGUUCAAGAUCAACUGCGUCGUCAUGCGCGGCCGCAACGACGCCGAGAUUGUCCCCUUUGUCGACAUGACGCGCGACCGCGACGUCGAGGUCCGCUUCAUCGAGUACAUGCCCUUUGACGGCAACCGCUGGAACGAGGGCAAGAUGCUCGGCUACGCCGAGAUGCUCGACGUCAUCCGCGCCGCCCACCCCACCGUCGAAAAGGUCCGCGACCACCGCAACGACACGGCCAAGACGUGGCGCGUCCCCGGCUUUGCCGGCCGCAUCGGCUUCAUCACGAGCAUGACGCACAACUUUUGCGGCUCCUGCAACCGCCUGCGCGUCACGAGCGACGGCAACCUCAAGGUGUGCCUCUUUGGCAACGCCGAGGUCUCGCUGCGCGACAUCCUGCGCAAGUCCAAUGGCGGCGAGCCCAUUGACGAGCAGGCCUACGAGGCCAUGAAGCAGAUUGAGAUGGACAGGCGCCAGGGCCUCGCCACGUCGGAUCAGCCGCUGGGCACCGCCCUCAACGAGGCCGAGCUGCUUGACAUUAUUGGUAUGGCCGUCAAGCGGAAGAAGGAGAAGCACGCGGGCAUGGAGAAUCUGCAGCACAUGAAGAACCGGCCCAUGAUCUUGAUAGAUUCCAAUUCAACUGGUCGCUCUCCCAUCUCUUCUUCCGGCGGCCCCAACUUGUCGUUCAACGCAGUGCUCCCACCGCCAAGUCCCGUGUCAUCCUUCCUCCGCCAGGCGUCGCGACCUCUCCCUCGCCACCUCCUCGCCGCCGCACCAUCGCCCGCUCAGCUCUCCCACCGCGGCCGGCUAUUCUCAACAACCCACCCUCGCCGAGAGCAGGAUGGCAGCCCCGCCAAGAAGCUCACGCACGUCUCCGCCUCGGGGACCGCGCACAUGGUCUCCAUCUCCUCCAAAACGCCAACCUCGCGCGUCGCAAAGGCCGCCUGCACGGUAACCUUUACGACGCCCGAGCCCCUGCGUCUCAUCGCCGAGAACCAGAUGAAGAAGGGGGACGUCCUCGGCGUCGCGCGCGUCGCCGGCAUCAUGGCCGCCAAGCGCACCUCCGACCUCAUCCCCCUGUGCCACCCCAUCCCCAUCUCCCACGUCAGCGUCGAGCUGCGCCCGCGCGCGGCGGAGGGGGGGAGCCGCGAUGGCUGCGUCGCCAUCGACGUCGAGGCGAUCGUCACGUGUGAUGGGAAGACGGGGGUGGAGAUGGAGGCCCUGACGGCGGCGAGCACGGCGGCCCUGACGGUGUACGACAUGUGCAAGGCAGUCGACAAGGGUAUGGUCAUUUCUGACCUGAGGGUCGUGCUGAAGGACGGAGGAAAGAGUGGGCGCUGGGAGAUGCCGUAG